CCUUGACUAUCACUCAUGUAUGUUGUACACUUUAUUAUGUUAAGUUUUUUGUGUGCAGUUUGAAGUGUUACAUUAAACUACUCUCACUAUUCAUUUGAUACCUAGCAGUUUAUACAUUCUUUUAAUAUAAUUGUAAAUAGUUUGUUUAAAAUAGUACACACAACUGUAAGUAUGAAUUUGUACGAAGUGUAUGUAAAUGCAGUAUCUUUUUCUGCGGGUUGUGCAUCCACUGCAAUGAUGUUAACACCCAUGUUAGUGUGCAAAGAUAUUAUGAAGAAAAAGACGUCAGAUCAUGUCAACUUAUCUACAUUUGUCGGUGCACUAUUUAGGAGUUCACUAUUUUGUCGUCAAGGUUUCAUUCUAAAUUUACCAACAGUGAUGUUUGUUCAUGGAAUGGGAUUAUUAAUUAAUACAUUUUACUUAUUGUUUUAUUGGUAUUACUCAAAUAAAAGAAGAGAUGUCAUCACUACAGUAUUUAAGACCACAUUAAUGAGUGCAGUUUUACUGUCAUACUCAUUUAUAGAAUCAACAGAUUUAGUUAUAACACGCUUCCCAAUUAUAGUAUCUAUAAUACACUUGUCACUCAUGGGUUGGCCAUUAUUAUCUAUUAGACAAACUAUGAGAACAAAAAUAUGGUCUGGACAUCCAAAGCCAAUCUUGAUAAAUAGUAUUGUUCUUUGUAUUCUAUGGCUUCUCUACAGUAUCAACAUACAAAAUCCUAUCAUUUUUACUCAAUGUUCAGUAGCACUUAUAAUGAGUUCAACACAAUUAGGAUUAUGGACAUUAUAUCCAGCAGAAAAAAUUCAACACAAUAAAAUUGAAAAACAUGAAUGAUUACUGUUGUUAUAGUUAUACAAUUUUUGUUAUAAUUUUGAUAAAUAUUUCAUAAAAUAAAAAAUAAAUAUCAUUUAAACAAUGUUUACUAUAAAUGACUCCGUAAUUUUGUCCAACACAUGUUAUAAAUAAAACAGUUGUUGAUAGACAAAAAAAAAAA